AUGAAGUUCGGUGUAGUCAUCCUCGCCCUCUCUGCCACCGCCAUGGCCUACGAGAGUCUUACCCCCCGAGACGAGGGUCUUGCUCCCCGAGACGAUCAGUGCAAGAAAAAUGGUGAAAAGUGUCGUCGCGAAGAAUUCUGCUGCAGCAAAUUCUGCGAAGUGUGGGAGAACCAGACUGAGGGAACCUGCAAGGAUAUGCCUCAUAAGAACUAG